AUGGAUAUAUUAGGUUUACUUAAAGCAGUUUUCAACACAAUAUUACUCUAUACAGUUACCGCUUUGGCUCCUAUGACACCUGGAACAGUGAUAUGGAAGUUAUUCAAAACAAGGAAAGGAAAAGUCAGACUUAUAAACAGAGAUUUAAUAUGUGAUACUGAAACAUUGCUUAAGCUUCCUAGUACGGGAAGAUCAUUGGAUCAAUCAACAAAUUCAUUGGUUCCUUUUGUUCCAUUAUUCACUCUCGAUUAUAAUACACAAUGGAAACGACGACACAAUGCAUUCGUCCAUGCGAAUAACAAAAUCCUUGCACGUAUUACAGAAAAAAAUAUGAACGUAACAUUACCGGGUAAACAAGGAAAUAUUUUCUGGGAUCUAUGUGAAAUUAUGUUUAAAAUUGCCUUUGAGUUGGUCUUUGACAGACCUCCUACAGUAGAUGAAUUUAAUGACAUAUAUCCUGGAGUAGUAGACGUAAAUAAAGUCAUUAAAAGGUUCUCAUGGACUGCGAAUUUACCGAUACGUCAGAAACUAUAUGAUCGCAUCAUUACAUUAAUGAAAGAAAGUGAUACGAACUUUGUACUUCACGAUCACAAAGGUUUUCCAGAAUUAAGUGACCUAGACAAAGUUUCGCUAGUAGGUGAAGAUCUUAUCACAACUAUUUCAAUCCAGUGUAGCGAUUUACUCUGUCAUUUGCUUCUCUUGUAUCCAAAAUAUCAUGACGCUUUUAAAGCUAAUCUGGAUAACUGCAUCAAUGAGACACUUCGUUUAUAUCCCCUUAGCGAUUUGUGGAUUAUGCAACCGUUUAAGCAAGAGAGAGGAUGGAUAACUUCAUUAGUACAACUGAAUCGAAAUGGAUGGUCAGAUCCGGAUACCUUUCUGCCGGAGCGGUGGGAUUCUAAAGAGCAUCCGCCUUUAAUGUCAUGGGGGUUUGAUGUGAGACGGUGUCCAGCUCAAAAAAUGGCCACCAAUAUUGUCAAGCUGGUCUUUGAGAAUAUUAUCAACACAGAAGGCUUCUGGAUUCAGCCCGCAUUGAAUUUCGACCAUGGAAGAUCUUUUCCAUUUGGUUGUCAAGCAUGGGUUGGAUAUGGUCAACAACCAGACAAUGCUGCUACGUGGAAGUUUAAUCACAAAUUCAAGAUGCAGUUUAAUAGAUGGGUUUUUGACCGACUGAGAAUGUUUGAUCAAAAUGAAUUAGUCUAA